AAGAGUUCCUUGGAUGUUAUGCUGGUAGCAAACUCAGAGGGCAGUAAUUACAGGAAGUUAAGUCCCCUCUGGCCCCCAAGACUCUGCUCCUCUAUGACCUUGGGGAAAGGACUUCCUGUUAGGACGCCAUCUUGUUUGUGUGGCUGUGACGAAGUUGUGUGGGGCUUGCACUCUUCCUACCUCAGCAGUUUUCCUUGAUAUUCUACAAGCUUCCAGCUCCAGGCCCACAGAUUCUCUUCCAGGGCAGCCUGUGAGGACGGUGGUGACAGAUCUCUGCCUUCAGGCCACCCUAUGGAGCACACUGAUAAAGGGAACUCUUUACAAAGAAGAGCACGAAGCUCGGGUAUUUACCGAAGGCAGUAUGCCUGUUGGUCUGAACCGGUCAUUUCCCAGCAGCAGCAAGACAGAGAUUUAAAAGAAAGUGAUGCUCAUAUGGACAUCCAAGGAAGAUAUGCUCCCUAUGCCAUUCCAUCCCAUCACUGGAGAAGUAGUUUUCAGAGAAAAGACCAAAUGCAUGUUACCAUGGAGGCAGAGCAAAAGCCUCCGGAGAGAACAAUGAAAACAAAUAGACAGGAUGAGACCUUGGGGAGCUGGUUCAAGAUUAUUAUUCCCUUUGGUAUACAAUAUGAUGAGAAGUGGCUGAUGAAUUUGAUUCAGAAGAAGUGCAGUGUCCCCUUUACUGCAGUCGAAUUUCACUAUGAGAAAAUGCAGGCCCAGUUCUUUGUAGAGAAUGCCAACGUUGCCUGUGCAUUGAAGAAUGUCAGCGGCAAGAUUUUCAGUGAGGAUAAUGAAAUGAUAUCUAUCUUUGUUGAGCCCUGUGAUGCACCCCAGUCUGUGCAGAAGACACUGACAUCUGAAAAGUUGGAGCAGAUAAAGCCCGUGUUUCCCUCCUUCUGGUUUCCUGGAGACUUUAUACCGUGUGAUAUUGGAAUGACAUGGAACUGUAGAAAUAGCACGGCUACCUCCCUGAACGUCUAUCCAGGGAUCAGGCCCAUGCUUUCAUCUUUGUACUUGAGCAACAAGAAACCCUACUUGGGGCACGGCCUGUCCACCAUUAAGGAGAUUGCUUCCACCACGGAGAACUUGAAUCUCUCCAACACUGAGGUGAAGAUUGCAGGGGAGAUGGACAAGGCUCAUCAGCUGGAACCAGAAGGGAUGUGUGCAGACAGAAGCGCUGUGUGCACCACCUUCCGUGAUAAGUCAACCAACAUGAGCACCCUCCUGCAGUUGUUCCCCAGGUUACUAAGCUUGGAUGGCCAGGAGACACUCUCAGGUUCUAAAUGUGCUGUGGAAGCCCCCAAGCGCUUACCAAUGUGCAAGGGAAGCUUCUUUGGAUCUGAAGAGUUGAAGAGUCAAAUCCUGCAAUUCCUGCAGCAGUAUUACUUGAUCCAUGACUCUGGGGACCGCCAGGGACUCCUGGGUGCUUAUCAUGAGGAGGCCUGCUUCUCCCUGGCCAUUCCAUUCCAACUCAAGGACCCAGCCCUAAGCAGCAUGUAUGCGUACUUCUUGGACAACAGGAAUAUGAAGACACUCAAGGACCCCAACCUUCGUGUCCAGAUGAUGAAACACACAAAACAUGACAUUGUGCAUACCCUCUGUGCAUUGCCCAAAACUCAGCAUGACUUCAGCUCCUUCGUGGUGGACAUGUGUUUUCAGACGGAAAAGAUGCUCUGCUUCUCUGUCAACGGGGUGUUCAAGGAAGUGGAAGGAACAUCUCCUGGCUGUGUGCGUGCCUUCACCCAGACCUUCAUUGCUACCCCUGCCAGCUUUUCCAGUCUUUGUAUAGUGAAUGACGAGCUGUUUGUGAGCAAAGCCAGUCCCAGUGAGGCUCAGCAUCUGCAUUCUCCAUCCCAGUACCUACACUCACCUCCAGUUCCAUGCACACCCUCUCCCAGGAGCAGCAGGAAAUGGUGA